AUGCAUCUUCCCUGUAUGUCGAGUGCCCUCAGGGCCGCAGGCGUGGCGUUACUUGCCAUCACUGCCAAUGCCUCUUCUACUCCAGCCAAGGAUUGGACCAGUUUGAAGCUUCUCACAAAGUCAGCCGAUUCUCAGGUUCAGACCGUUAUCGACAGUAAAAAUGCCUCAUUGACUGGCUCACCAAGGUCAUUGACACGUGAGGUCCGUCGCCUUGUUACACCAUUUGUGUGGCCAAACUCGACCUACUACCACGAUGAAUCUCUGUUGCCGCAUAUCGAGGAAAUGCUCUCUGUUCUGGUAGAGGUUCAGCAUGAUGACGGGACUUACACCGUCGGCAAUCGACACUCCCCGCCUGAUACCGGCUUCUUGAUCGAAGAUUUUGGUAUCAUGGUACGCAUCCUCGAGCGAGACGAUCAUGAGGCUUCGCAACCUUUUGCCAAAGCCAUGCGUGGUAUUCUCAAGAAGGCAGCGCCUGGUCUUGCAAAGGGCGGAAUUCAUACCCCCAAUCAUAGAUGGAAAAUUUGCAGCGCCUUGGCACGCAUCUCCAACAUCAUUGAAGAUCCCAGCUUGAUUAAGAGGAUCGAUGAGUGGCUUGCAGAGGGGAUUGAUAUCGACGCUGAUGGCAUUUACUCGGAACGUAGCCCUAACUACUACUCGGCCGUGUCGAACCCUUCUCUAUUGACGGUAGCUCACGAGCUCAAUUACACAGAAUUGGUCAGCUUUGUCCGCAAAAACCUCGAGCUUUCCAUUGAGCAUGCCGAGCCAAACGGCGAGAUGGAAACAAUCCAGAGCCGCCGACAGGACCAGUCUCAGCCUCCAGGGGACAACAUGGGGAACUUUUACCCACAAUUUCGCGAGCUUGCUCUGUUGGACAACAACGGCCGAUUCGCUGCAAUGGCUCGUCUCAUUGAGAAGCGAGUUGGGACGCAAUUGGGCGAUUUUCUAGGCAACAUCAUAGAACGCCCCGAAUUGGCAGCAGAAUUGCCCAAGCCAAAGCAACCAUUUUCUGACUUCAAGAAGCACUACAAGUCGGCAGGUCUUGUACGAGCCAGACGUGGAAAGCUUACAGUGUCGGCAUUUGGUGGGUCGGACUGGUAUACCAUGGACGGAAAGAAGGCCGAGUUCUACAACCGAAUGGGCUCGGGCCUUUCGACGAAUCCGACCAUGUUCCGAGCCUGGAACGGAAAGGCGGUUCUUGAAGCCGUACGACUUAGUGCUAGCUUUUUCAGCAUGGGUCACUUCCGAUCGAAUGGCGUUGAGCUAUCCAAGGAUGGUGUUAUCAAGCUGGGGAGCGAGAUCGAAGUUCCAUACUACCUCCCUAUUCCAGCUGAUAAACGCGACGACAACGGGACAUAUGCGCUGUCUAAGUCGGUCGAUGGUCGCUUUUACGCCAUGCUUGACUUUACGAACCGCCCAACCAGUGUUCGUCGUCUCAAAACCGAUGUUGAGAUCAAGCCGACAAAGAAGGGAUAUGAUCUCGAUUUUGAGGUUACAGGAGAGGAUAAUGUCGAAUUGACCUUUGAACUGACGUUCAGAGAGGGUGGAAAGUUCAAGGGAGUGAAGGAGAUUCUUGAUAGCGACAACACAACCAUAUACCACCUCAUCGAAGGAAAGGGAGAGUACAGCGUGGGCGACGACAAGAUCACCUUCGGGCCAGGAAAUGGAAAAGGACCAAUCGCAGCCGAUGCUGGUGAGCAGUAUAGCUGGCAUGGCGGUAAUCUCACUUUGCAAGGCAAUCAUGUGUACAUCACAGGCACGACGCCGCUGAAGUAUACUUUGAACCUCGGCUUUGCUUAGAUGGACCAAGCAAGGGACUGUUCUUGAAUGCUCAGAGGGAAUGGUCUGAUCGGUUAUAGAUAAGCAUUACGUGUUGAUCAAUCAAUUAGAAAACAAUUAUAUCUCAAACAUUACU